ACAAUUGGUUUACGAACGUUGUCGGCUACUAUCGUCGUUUUUUUUCUAUCACAAUACGAACAAAAAGUAACGUUGAAUCUAUAACGGACAAAAGUUGUGAAAGUGAUUCUUAUAUGUUUAAAAGUUGUAAUUGCGCAGCAAGGAAAAAUGGGGGAUGUUGUAAAAAGCGUAAUGAAUUACAUGAAACUGUACCAAUUUGAUUUGUGUUCCAAUUACUUGAAGAAACAACAACCAAUGCUCACCGAUAAAGAUGCCAUUAAUUUGUUGCUAUGCUGUUAUAAGGGGAUUGAGAAGAACAAAAUGCCCAUGGAAUACAUUUUUGAUUAUUUAAAGUACUGCAAUUUCGAUAAAAUUCAAUUGGACAUAGACACAUUCUUCCAAUGUUUAUAUCACAUCUUAAAUAAUCUGGUCUGCAAAGGCUAUUUGGAAGAACUAACUUCAUUAAAACAUAUUCUGAUUCCAGAAUUCAUUAAGACCAACUUAAAUGAAGUUCAGAGAAAGUACUAUAAAAGUACAAUUAACUUGAUCUUACAGCACUUAGUGAAUGAGCUACAACAGAAAAAGAGUGUGUAUCCCAAAAGCUUUUUGACCUUGUGCAUUUUAACAUUGGAGAUGAAGUUUGCCAGCAAUGCAGAAAAUCCCUCGUAUCUAGCAAAUGAAUUGGAAAACCAUAUAAAGUAUUUGAUAAUUUCCAAGUUCAACCAUUCAAUAAUCAUUGAUAAGUUUAAUGAAUUUGUCUCUCAGAUACCUGACAAGUUUAUACAAUAUAAGUCUGCUUUGUCAUUGAUUAUACUUCUUUUGAAAAACUGCACAAGUGGUGCAGAUAAACAAAAGCUGAUUGCUGAUUGUUUCAAUACCAUCAAGAAGACAGGUGAUGAGACUUCAAUUUUGCUAAUCCAACUAGCAGGAAAUAUAUUUACUAAUGUAAGUAGUGAUUUGGAACUGGAUCUGAGGACAAUGAAUAAUUUAUUAAAAGGCUGUGAUAAGAAGAAUAAGUAUAUAGCUGAAGCUUGCCAGUACAUAGCUUAUAUUUCAUCAUCAACAAUGCAAAUGGAGCUUCAGAUUGAGCAUGUCUGGAAAAGGAAAGUAACUAAGGACGUUGUUCUGCAAUAUUCUGAGUUUGCAAAUCAAAUGGAAAUUAUGUUAUUGAAUUCGAAGCAUAAAUGUUGCUGCGAGUUAAAUUACAAAGCGCAUGAUGCAAUAUUCAUUCUAUUAGGUGUUGCUAUUGGGAAGAAAUUCGUGAAUGAUUCUGAUAUAAUUAAACUAAUACUAGAUAAUUUAAACCGGAUCAACAGGCAUCUCGUAAAACUGAAAGAUAACAAAUGCUGCAAAUUCAAGCCAAUUUGGCAAAAGUCUGUCACAGAGUAUUACAACAUUGCUAUCAACAUGCAACAGUAUAAAGCAGACGAAUGUGUGGAUUAUUUUAAAAGCCUAUUUGAAAAGAUGACUAACAUAGAAGGAAUCGGGGAGAAGGAAAUCAUUAAAAAUGGAUCGCUCAACAUUUUGGAAUUGUUCAUAGACACGAGUAACAAGAAAGAGAAUUACGAUGUGGCUUACAAAGUUUCAGCGCUCAGUGUUUACCUCUUUCGCAGUGAUCACUCGUUAAUAAACUUUGUGAAAUGCAAGUGCAAGUUGGAUGACUCGAUCAAAAUAAAAAAUAUUGUUAAUGUUCUGAAAGCCAACGAAGAGUUCUAUCGAAGUUUCUAUAAAGAUUUUAAGAGUAUUGACAGCAAUCAAGAUAAAAUUGAUAUGUUGUUGUUGGAGAUGAAGUGUUACUUGAAAAUUUGGCCCAGUCGGAAAGCUUUAAUCUGCGUGUUUAAAGAACUGUAUUCAUUGAUGGAUGCUGUUACAUUUGUUGAGCACUUGACCGAUCUUUCGAUGGAAUAUCUCAUUUACGAGGAUCAAGAAUUUUACAAGAUUAUCUGCGACUGCCUGGAAUCAAUUAAAUCUGAGAAAAAGUGUAAUUACUCGAUUUCCUAUUUGUAUUUCUUUAAAUUCCGGUACGAGAAUAUAGUGCAGAUUUAUAGCAACGAAAAGGAAAUAGCUAAGAUGAAAGAUGUUGAACCUCUGGAGGCUCAACAUCCGGCCGAAGAAGUGCUCCACGUUAAUGAUACCUGUGAUAUAGUGUCCUGUUACAACGACCUAAAAAUAAGCAAUUACUCCAAGGUUUUGAAAUAUUUACAUAUUUGUUUGGAAUAUCUGAAGAAAGCCGUGAAGCAACAGGAGGAUGCGAAGGUGAGUUUCGUGUCGAUUGCUAAGAACUUGGGUCACAUGUUUAACUUGCACGGGUUCUCCUUGGAGGCCUUAAAAACCUGGCAACUGGCUUCAGAAUUAGCGCAGAAAAUGAAGCUUUACAACUUGUACACGGAAGUAGCUUCAGCGAUGCUGUUCUAUCUAGACGCGACGAGCAAACGAUUUAAGGAAAUAAACAAGACAAUCAAAAGCUUUAAUCCGGAAAUUAGCAAUGAAGUCGCGUGUUUCUAUUAUACUAAUUUGGCGUUUUCUUAUCUCAAUAAUGGCGAUUUGGAGGAAUGUCUGAAGGCUCACGAAUUGGCGAACGAAAAGUAUUGUUUGAUACAGGAUGUGCAGGAUAAGACGACGGAAUUGGCGGUAAUCAAGAUUUUAUUCAAUUUUCUAGAAUCCCACAUUUACCAGUUUCCUUGCGAUUACAACAUCUACAAGCACGGCAAUUACGUGCAGAUUAAACCGUUGACAACGUUCAAGUUGAUGCACACCGAUUUGAAGAUGAUCACGUACAAUAUGGAAAUAACACCGCAAUUCCUCACGCUCCUAUUCGACAUCACCGAGUACAUAGUCUCAAAUUUUAAUAGACUCAGAUUUCCCAGGGAUUCCAGGUGUUACGGGCGAGAACUGGUUCAAUUGGCGCAGAAAAUGGUCGUCCCUUUUCGCACUGCUAGAUUGUUGAUUCUUUUAGCUAAAGCCGACUUGUUGACUUCGAGGUACAGCGAUUGUCAGGUCAAGUUGAACGGAGUUUCGGAUAUUCUCGAUUUGAAGAAGAUUAAAGCAGAAACUCCUGAUAUAGUGGUUUGUAAUGACGAUAGUGGUGAUAACUUGGAGAUAUCCGAGUAUCCCAUCAAUCCAGCAUCUCCUGUCCUUUACAAAGAAUCGGUAAUUAAACUAGCGUUUCUGAAUCACGAGGAUUGCAGUUGCAUCCAAUGCUGCAGCAUUGAGUAUCACGAAUUGCUCUUAAAGAAUAUCCAUUUAGAAGCGAUGCUAAACGAACGGACCGGAAACAUGCUGAUAUCUAAGAAUUACUUCGACAAUUUGAACGAUGUUAAAACGAAAAUACAACUCAUCAAUUCGAAACGAACGGACUCCUUCGGUUUUGAACUGAACGACAAAGUUAAAACGCUGCAGGACACUUUGGAGUUUAUCGCCGUGGAUCACAUAAAAUGGUCUUUGCGUAACGAUUGCAACGCGAGUGCGGCGAAAGAGACGCUUUCGAAGAUGCAAGAAUCGAAGAACCAUCACCUGAACAACGAAAUCUACCACAUACAGAAUUCUCAGUUGAUCAAUUGGAACGUAUACUUCGACAAGUUGAAUAUUAUUAAGAGUUUGCCACUGAUGAAUUCGAACAUCGGGUGCGCCCGAACGCCCGACAACAAGAUUACCAAGAUCAAAUUCCCGAAGAGCGUGAGCCCCAGUAAGCCAGAUUCUGUGCCGCACAACAAGAACAUCAAGAAGACGUUGUUCGCUUUUGAUCAGUUUUCGGUGCCGAAGACACCGUCUGCAAAAUUCCAAAUUUACACACCCAAUAUUAAGGAGAGCAAGAAGAAAGUCAAGUCGGAGACGAAGAGUGCCGCCAAAAUUAAGAUGCUUGCGGAUAAAAUGAAGAGUUCUCUGAAGGUCAAUGAUGAAAACGAGUUGGAAAGCAGCGAGAACGCCUCGUCCAGUCGACCUAGACGAAACGUGAGGAAGAAUCUGCUGGAUGAGAUGUCUGGAACGCCGACGAUUAAGACGACUACGGUAAACAGCAGAGAGGGUUUAAGACGUCUCGCUAAGAGGGAACGAUAGCACUACUACUUCUUCAUCCACUGAUAAACAUAAAUAUAUUGUAUAAUAAUUACUUAAUUUUAAGAGUAUUAAAUAUUAUGAAAUUAACAUAACUUCAAUUUCAUUUCGUUCAAGAUCUCAAUUAUUAACGAAAUAAUCUCUAAAAGCAACAGAUACAAAUUUAUGUGAUUGUUAAUGGCUGUUCAAAGGAACUGUAUUACUGGCUGAUAUUGUCAUUAGUUUUAUUGAUACUUGUUUAAUUCUGAAAAAAAAAUAUGUAUAUAUAUAUA